AUGGCGGGCAACUUUGAUUCCUGGGAAGACGCGGCGGCGCAAGAGGAAGACCUUUCGAAGAAGACACAAAAUAUGAGCAUAAAUGCCAACACUUUCCGGCCUGGAGCCGCAUCUUUUCAGCCUGGUGCUGCCACUUUCCAGCCGGGGCAGCCAUACCAACAGAAUGGCUACCAGAACUACGGGUACGGGCAACAGCAAGGCUACAACCAAUACCCUCAAUACGGCCAGCAAUAUAACCAAUAUCCUCAGUAUCAGCAGCAACAAGGCUACAAUCAAGGUUACAACAGCGGCCAAUUCGCCGCUUACAAUCAGACACCUGGCGGCUUUCAACCCAGACAAGGUGCCCCCAUAAGCAUUGCAAAGAGAUCGGACACCCAACCUAUCGCUGCCCCAACACCUCAACAGCCCCCACCUCCAGCAACUAAGGCUGAAGCAACUCCCGUUGCCCCUGCAUCCAAACCACAACCAGCUACCGCAGCACCUCUAAAGGCGAAGGUCCUUUCGAUUGGUGUCCCAACAUCGGCAUCUGCCUCCCCUAAGAAACCAGCCUCUCCGACCACCAAGGACGAGCCAACAACUCUUAAAGCUGAGGCCGGAGCCAAAGCUGCUGCGGUGAAAGCCGUUGAAAAGACUGGUGAAAAAGUGUCCGGAAAGACAUCACCUGCCCCAUCAUCAGGAAAAUCUUCUCCGACACCAGCGGAUGCAAAAAAGCAACGAAAUGCGGAUGAAGUCGCGGAAUCACAAACGGCUGAUGUGGACGCAUCAGUCCUGGAAGAGAUGUAUGGGAAAGAACACGUCAACGUCAUUUUUAUCGGCCACGUUGAUGCUGGAAAAUCCACACUGGGUGGCCAGGUCCUUAUUCAAACGGGCAUGGUUGAUGAACGCACACUGGAGAAAUAUAAGCGAGACGCUAAAGACGCUGGGCGAGAAACCUGGUACAUUUCUUGGGUAUUGGAUUUGAACAAAGAAGAAAGAGCCAAGGGAAAGACAGUUGAAGUUGGCCGGGGCUUCUUCGAAACAGAGAAACGGAGAUACACCAUCCUUGACGCGCCGGGCCACAAAACAUAUGUGCCGAAUAUGCUGAGCGGUGCAGCUCAAGCAGACGUUGCAAUCCUGGUUAUAUCUGCUCGAAAGGGUGAAUUCGAGACCGGGUUUGAAAAGGGUGGACAAACCCAAGAGCAUGCCAUGCUGAUCAAGACCACCGGUGCCAAAGAGCUGGUCGUCGUGGUGAACAAAAUGGACGACCCUACAGUGGAAUGGUCCAAGGAACGGUACGACGAGAUUGUGGGCAAGCUGAAACCAUACCUAAAAAAAAGGAUCGGCUUAGACUCUACCUUCAUGCCCAUCUCCGCUCAAACGGGAAUCAAUGUCAAGGACCGCAUUCCCCCUGACGUCGCAAAGUGGUACAAUGGCCCCUCCCUCCUGGAAUUCUUGGACGGCAUGGCAAAGAUUCAGCGCAACAUCAAUGCUCCCUUCAUGAUGCCCAUUGGCGCCAAAUAUAGAGACAUGGGCACCAUGAUCGAAGGCCGCAUCGAAGCCGGCGUGAUUCAAAAGACUUCCACCUACAUCAUGAUGCCGAACCGCGAGGAGGUUGGCAUUUCAGCCCUCUAUGGUGAGACGGAAGAUGAAAUCCCCUACGCCACCUGCGGUGAACAAGUGCGCAUCCGCUUGCGAGGAAUUGAGGAAGAAGACAUUCAGCCUGGCUUCGUGCUCUGCUCACCCAAACGCCUCGUUCACUGCGUCAAGGAGUUUGAAGCACAGAUCAACAUCGUAGAAUUGAAAUCCAUCCUUUCUGCAGGGUUUAACUGCGUCUUGCACGUACAUGCCGCCACGGAAGAAGUAACUUUUGCAGCGUUGCUUCACAAACUCGAACCGAAGACUGGACGCAAGAGUAAGAAACCGCCUCCAUUUGCCGCAAAAGGACAGAAUAUCAUUGCAAGGUUACAGGUCACAAGCGGUGGAGGCAAGAUUUGUGUCGAGAGAUUCGAGGAUUAUCCCCAAUUAGGACGGUUUACACUCAGAGACCAAGGCCAGACCAUCGCUGUGGGGAAGAUCACCAAGUUGAUUUUCGAUGAUGACUGA